AUGUCUGAUGUCAGAGGAAAGACCCUCCCCGAGGCGGGGGCGCCCUGCACAGACCCCAGUCCCGGAGCGCGAGCUGCCCCGGGGGCGCCCGGCGGCCGCAUGUCAGGUCUUUGGCCGCCCCCAGUGCGGCCCCGGCGGCCCGACCACGGCGCACGGCCUAGGCCUUCCCGCCGCUUGUGCGGCUGCACCGCCGACCCCGGCCCGCCCUGA